GACCUUAAGGGCUGGUUCUCUUGUUGUAGCAGCCAUCAUAUCAGCCUAAUACAAGUCCUGAUUAAAGAAAGCAGAGGAGCUGAGGAACAGGGCGGACAGCCAUGGCUUUGCACAGGAAUACCGUUUAAAAGAAGCGUCUAUAAACGCUGCUAGGCUUAUGCUUCGUUUUCGCGUGUAGGCCACAUCAGCUGCAGGUGGAGUAAUUGGUGCCUAAUUUGACCUGGUCUUGUGGCGCCUCUUGAUCCAGAAGCAUCACGACUCUUGAGGUCUGUGGCGGGGCCGAGGUGAAGGAGCGGAACCCCGGCCAUCUUUGCUGUUUGCCAUUCCUUGCUGGGUUUUGUGGAGGGAGGGAGACUCAAGGCACCAUCUGAACCACCCAGAGCAUGGGGCAGAAGGUUCCAGGGGGCAUAAAGACCGUGGACAUGCGGGAUCCCGCGAGCCGGCCGCUCAAGCUGCAGCUACAGGCCCUUGACUACAGCAAACCACCACGGUUGGACAUGCUACUGGACAUGCCACCUGCCUCCACCACGGUACAGGUGCAGCACUCGUGGAACAAUGAUGACCGGUCGCUUAACAUCUUCGUCAAAGAGGACAACAAGCUUAUUUUCCAUCGGCACCCGGUGGCGCAGAGUACGGACGCCAUACGCGGUCGUGUUGGCUACACACGUGGCCUUCACGUCUGGGAGAUCUCCUGGGCCCUGCGUCAGCGUGGCACUCAUGCUGUAGUGGGCGUUGCCACUGGGGAGGCCCCUCUGCACUCGGUAGGAUACACAGCACUGGUUGGGAACAACAAUGAGUCCUGGGGCUGGGACCUGGGCCGAAACAAACUCUACCACGAUGGCAAAAAUCAGCCCAGCAAGACCUACCCAGCCUUCCUGGAGCCGGACGAGACGUUUGUUGUUCCAGAUUCGUUUCUGGUGGUGCUGGACAUGGAUGAGGGCACUUUAAGUUUCAUCGUGGAUGGACAGUAUUUGGGGGUGGCUUUCCGAGGACUGAAAGGCAGAAAACUGUACCCUGUAGUAAGCGCAGUUUGGGGACACUGUGAAAUCAGAAUCCGGUACAUCAAUGGGCUUGAUCCUGAGCCCCUGCCUCUCAUGGACCUGUGCAGACGUUCAGUGAGAUUAGCAUUGGGCCGGGAGCGACUGACUGAAAUACAUGGACUUCCUUUACCCGCCUCUCUCAAGAACUACCUGCUCUAUCAAUGAUAAUAGGAGUGCCUUUACUUAUUGUAAGGCGGAGCGGCUAUUCUCUCUGGGAUGCGUUUUUUUUCCUUUUUUUUUUUUUUUUUUUUUUUUUUCUUCCCCCUGACAGACUCGUUUUCUUAAUUGCUUUUCUCCUCACUUUGGAUUUUGGUACUUUGGGACUUUUGUUUUUACACCAAGGACACCUUGGUCUCACAUUUGAAGUGUUUACGGUCAUGUUUUGCGUCCACUUUUUAAAACCCUUGUUUUUGUGGCUUGCUUCAGUCAUAUCAUAUACUGAAUACACAAUUGGAGACGCACUGAACCCUGUGACACGAGCUGUCCCAGAAAAGAACAACGUGUCUGCAUGGCUGGAUGGAAAAGUGCAACGAGUUUGAAACCUCAGCUGUUUGCCAUGAUGGUUGCCUCUUUUUGUAGUUUCCUUUUUCCGCCAUUCCUCAGACUUUUUAAUUAGAACUACAUGGAGACGUGUGACAGGUUUAGCUUUUUGAAUGCUGGAUGUUGAAUUGUAAUUGGUAUACUUGGGCAUCAGUGAUGUACCUGCAAACCUGGUUGAGCAUGAAUUUAUUGAGAUGUUUUUAAAGUUUUUAAUCUCCUAUUCGUUUCUUUCCCUCUCAGGAUUGGCAGGAGAGAUGUGACUGAAUGUGAGGUUCAAGACAGAGGGCUCUUUUUUAGCAGGAUGCAAAUACAAGUUGACUCAUUGUAGCAGACUGAGUGCGUGGCAAUGGCUUUCCCCCUUUCCUCUUGGCGGGUUAAAAAUAGCCUGGUGUUAGCUCUAGCAGCGCUAGCUGUCUGGCUUGGGGAAACGGGAUUUGACCUCUGUGUGUAUAAUGGAGGUUGAAAGGCUAGCACUUGCAAGACAUUACACAGCUAGCAUGUUCUAAUUGCCUGCCUCGUUGCUCCUACAGCCAACAUGUCCUUUCCUCAGUUAACACUGUAAUAUCUGAAGUGCCUGCCCAUGGGAACUUUGAGAUUAGAGAAAGAGCCAUGAUUUUAAAUGAAAAGAAGGAUGGCAUCACUGUGAAACUCUGCAACAUUCACGAACAAUAGUAAAAGCAGCAGGCUGUUUGGCUGUUGGUUCUUUUUCUUUUAAUAUUUACCUUCCAGUCAGUUUCUCUGUAGUUGAAACCAACCUUUAAUUUUGGCAUAUUUGUGAAAAAUGCUGUUUUUAAUCUGAGUCAGUGCUGAGAAGAAGGGGUAAUGGCCUGGAAGUGUGAGUUAAAAGUGCAUAUGUUGUGACACUACUGUACCGUGCCUUGCCCAUGAGCUAACCAUUGACUCCCCUGGUGUCGAUGGGGGAAAAUUUGAUAUACUGAUGAGGAAACGUUCAAGUUUCUUUGCCCAGCCCAUUCUCAGUUUACUGCAUAAUCUUGUUUUAGAUGUGCAAAUGUAGUUUCCUGUCUGGCAUCCAGCUUGCUGGGUGAUGUUCAGCUUUCUGUUCUUGUGUCCUUCCUGCCUGCAGACCACCAUCCUCUUUGUAUUACGUGUUGUAGAUAAUGUUGACUAUCUAAUAAAGUUUAUUAUGAAUGA